AUGGCCCCGCGACGGGGCGCGUCCUCGAACUCCCUCAGCCCGCCUGAGGUCGUCUUCCCGGGCUCUGGUUCCACGUCUCCCGGAACAUCGCCGCGCUCUGUCUCGCCCUCGAACGGGCUCACUCAGUUCCUCUCCAGGCCCACGAAAUGGUUCAACCGCUCUACCUCUGACAAGGCUUCUCGGUCUUCGAUGGGCCCCAACGAACCGAGAUCCAGCACGAGCUCCUCAGGCCGGAAGCACAAGAUCUCGCAUCCGACGGACCCUCGCCCGUUCAUAGAGAACUUGGUUGCGUCGCCGGAGAGAAGGGGGCUUACGAGCAAGUCCGUACUCGAUUUGUCUCGAACUGCGACCGCCUUCGAUGACCUACCGAAGCCACCACGAAUGCCCUCUUCACCUACUCAGCCUUCUAUGUCUCGUGGCUUGGGCGACCUGCGCAAUAUCUCGCGUAAGCCCUGGUCCAAGUCCGCAGAUGACCUCAGCAAACUGUCUUCCCACAUGCCCGCACCUGUAUUGACGCCCCUUGACACGACCUUUCACGGCAGGAUCGAACAGUAUAGGAACAAUCGUGGCGGCAGCGUCGGUAGUAUGAGCACCGUCCCGUCGCCAUCUGUGUCCUCUAUUAUGUCCGGGCAACAGAAGAACUAUCCUUUCCCUGCCAUCACCACGUCCCCUUCCGAGCCGCUUUCCGCGUCUCCUCCGAGUCGGCCUAGUAUUCAGCUGUCCGCUGCUUCCCCGACCCUCACAGGUGGCACCGCUCUCACCCCGUCGCUCUCGAACUCUAGCACCCAUGUUCAUACGCGGUCCCAUUCCUUCACGCCCCGCCUGCCGUCGAAGUUGGCAUCGCCGAAAGGCGCUCUGCAGCCUCCUUUGAGUCCGAAGAGAAAAGGGUCGGGAUCGUCGAUCGCGGAGCGUACUCCGGAACGAGACAGGGAAAAGAACAUUUCGGGCGGAAGCGGCGGCCAUGGCCCGUCCUCGCGCUCUCCGUUCCCGUUUAUUCUGGGUGGAGGACGGUCCCCGGCGAAUCCCUCGAGCCCAACAGACACGCCGUCGUCGCCUACUUCGCUCGCUCCGCCCACAAUCGUCGAACCUCCUCCUGACACGUUCACGUCCAAGAUGGAGAAGCGCUCCUCGCAGCUCAUCUACCAUUCUGGAUUCAUCAAUCGUCUCGUCGACUUCUCGCCCUCCGCGUUGAACGUGCGCGCCACCCACACGUACAUGAGCGGCAGCUCCGCGCCGACGCUGUCCAAGGGUUGGAAGCCGUAUAAGCUUGUGCUCAAGGGGUCGAAGCUCUACUUCUUCAAGCCACCCAGCGACCGUAGCGCUGCUAUCAAGGAGCUGUUCCCGACCGAGCUGGUCACCGUGCUCGAGGAUGAGGGGCUGGGGGAUGGCGAGUUCGACGGCGGCGAUGCGGAAGAAGAGGUGGCGAGAGGCGGGAGGGCGAGGGAUAGGAAGAGGGCGUACUGGGGGCGAGGCACCCAUCCAUCCCUGGUGGUCGUUGAUGGGAAGGUUGAGAGGGGUGCAUUCGAGGCGCUGGUACAUGAAGCUGUCUUUGCAACCACCUUCGUCAGGGAUCCCAACUCUGCGCCAGACGGUGGUCCGGCAGAAGCGACGCCUGCAGACGAAGCGCAGCUCGCAAGAGAUCAGGAAAUAUCUCAGGGUGGUGGGGCACCGGAGUCAUCGUCUCGUUAUGACCUUGCUUGGCGGGACUUCGCCUCAAAUAUUCUCUUCAGUUUGCCUUUCGCUGCUGGGCGCAGCAAGUUUGAGACGGAACUGAUGCGGUGCUGCGCAUAUCUGCUCAGUGGAGUCGAGGACGUCAUGAAGGAGGAGGAAGCAAGUAGGGUACGUUGGCUUGCCGGACAAUACUUGGCCUACCACGGUGCUCCGGUUGAUCGUAACGCUUGGGAAGAAUGGCGCAAGGAAACAAUCCCUGAUUUCCCUUCGGAUCCCUCUUCCGCUUCGAAACUCGCCGGCUUGCCCAAGUCGUCCUCCAUGCAAGCGUUGUAUACAGCCUCGCCUCAAGUUGGUUCGUCUUCUCCAGCAGAUUCACCGGACCUUGGGGCGUUCUCGCCCAGACCAGACACAAACAGCAAGAUGAUGUCCAUCGUCGAUGCUCUCGGUGUACUUCCUCCCUCGAAUCGCCCCAGCAUUUCUGGCCCCUCUUCCCCGCCCCGCAACUCCUCGAGGGAUGCAUUAGUUGCGACACUGGAGCGUGAUGGUUUCACGCGAGAUGCUCUUGUUGGACUCGACUCACAGUUACUAGCGCGUAGCCUGUCUGUAUUCAAUCACAGCCUGCUCGCGCAUGUUCCAGACAACUUCACUGCCGACCUGUGUCUCAGCUCGGAAUCAGCUGAGACGGAGGCAGCAGCAGAUCCGAAUACUUCGUCCACCUCUUCACCCCUGACGCCUUUUCUAAGCACUGAUGACCAACCCCACUGGCUUACGCGGAUGAUUCUCAUUCAGACUCUAGUACCCGAACCCGCUGGAACGACAUCACCGCCCAUUGGCUAUCCACUCAUCGCCUCCGAAGAACGACACGUCCCAACCUCCCGCACUCAUACGCGAUCAGAGGUCAUCUCUGCCUGGGCUAAGAUCGGGGAACUCUGUCGGCGAACUGGGGAUGAGUGUUCCUGGCGAGCGAUCUUCGCAGCUCUUUGUUCGCGUCCUGUCGCUCGUUUGGAGAAAGUGUGGAAGAGAGUAGAUCCCGAAGCCGUUGCGAUCGUGCAAUCGUGGGCGCAGCCUCAGAAGGAUGGCACCGCAUUAAACCCCGGUCCUGUCAGGGUGCCCUGGGCUGGAGAUGUCAGGAAUCAGAUCCAAUCAGCUCUGGAGAGGGCACGAUAUGGUGCCGCGGACGAAUGGCAGCUAAUGUCGUUGGGUGAGGCACGGCAACGGUUUGAGGCGCUGCGGACGGCCUUCGCGCUCUGUGCAAGGCCCAAUCAACUCGACGAAACGGCGGAGUCGAGUGAUGUUGAGAUCCUAGUCAAAGUCUGGCGGUAUCCAUGGGAGGGGAAAAGUGGGCAUGGCGUGGCGUCAAAAUUCACUCGGAUUGAGCAGUUCAUGUCUCUGUCAAUGGCUGCGGAACCUCGACGCAAGGGACUCUUUGAGCCAUACUACUGGACCCGAUCUGCAUCCCAACAGUCAACGCCGUCAUUAGCGGGUGCGCUCUUCCCUGAGCCACUGCCCUCAGUGUCCUUGAUCAACAGGGCUCUGUUGAUGCGCGGUCGGUUGGAGAGUAGUGCAAGUUUGAAUAUGCAAGACAUACAACACCUGCGUCAACUUCCGCUAAGGACGAGUAGAGACUCACCCACCAAUAGGCGAGCAACGGCUGCGAAUGAACUAGGCGGGACCAUCCUCUCUGUAUUCGACGGCGAAUUGCUUCUUCUUGUCCCAUCAGCAGACUCAUCAGCACCUUCGCGUCCGACGUCUCGCACUCCAUCGCGGCCGCCCAGCUCUGUGGCCGACAGUCCGGUUUCAGGGGGGACUGUCUCUCGCACUUCGUCCAUCCGUGUUUCACCUGGUGUCUCUCAUGGACUAGAUCGGAAGCCCAGCAUGAUUAAACGCAACUCAUUGCCGUCUAUCUCGCAGCGUACUAGCCUGCUCAUGCCCGAGGCAUCACCUGACAAAGCUCUCCGUGUUGUAGUGCAAGCGGGCACCCUGGACAGACUGGUGGACGUCCUAGUCCAUGGGCUUCAAGGAGUAUCCGUAUCUGUCUCCGAUGACAAUGGUGAGAUGCCUCUGACAGCUGCUAAAACUCGGGAGGUCAAGCUCGAUAUGGAUGACUUCUCGGAUGUGUGGUGGAACGUCUAUAGGAGUUUCAUGACACCACAGAUACUGUUUGAGUUCUUGCGAAAACGGUACAACUCUGCACGCCUUCUGCAAUCGUCCUCGAUUGGCGAGGUAAACGAUGCCGUGCGCAUGCGAUCAGAAGUGCUCGAGACAAUGAACGAGUGGAUCAAUCGAGGCGGAGGUGCCCAAGAUAUCCUCGAUGACGCACAGUUGCAUAAUGCCUUCUUCUCUUUCCUCGACAGUCGAGCGGAGCAUGAGGUACCGCAGCUUGCAGAAGAAUGUCGUCAACAUGUUUCCGUGCUAGAUCAGCUAGUCGAGACAUUGCGUAUGACCUUCUUCUCGCAGACUUUGAGGCCAACUCGUUCCGACACAUUGUCCGAUGGCGCCGCGAGCGCAGUAGGGGCCCACAACUUCGGGUCCGAUAUCCCGAAUAUCGACGAGCUCAAUGCGGAACAACUUGUGGAUAAUUUGGAUGCGAUGACGUCUGCAGCACUGCGUAAUGUCAAUCAAGAGGAUCUCUUCGUGACGGCCGAUAUCCUCGAAGUACAAUCAGCGGAUCGCACUGGUUGGUUCCUCCCGCGUGACCCUAGUUCAUUAAUCGACGAAGUGGAGAUCCAAGCCAUGAACUCGUACAUCACUGAAGUUGAGCCGUCAACUCUGAUCUCCGAACUUGGCCAGGACUCGCUUUACCGCCUUCUUCCCCCUUCUGUCAGAGGCUGCAUUCGCGCCUCCAACAUUUUGCGCAAAUGGCUCGUAUGCCAGCUGAUCUCUCCUAGACUUGGCCUCCGCGCCCGCCAGGCCAGGAUGGAGAAAUUGCUCAGAGCUAUCGAGAUCUCACGCCUUCGUAGUACAACGGACGAGACAAACCCGGAGCGACCCAUGGGCGAACGUCCGUGUAUUCGCUCGGCCGUAGAAGCCAUUCUUACUUCGGCUGCUGUCAGCGUGGAAAGCCGCACACAUUAUCGCGCAUGGCAGAACAUCGCGCUCGGUCGAGGGACGUACUGUGAUAGUCUAGCCUCCUUCCUCAGCAGGCCAGCAGCUCCCAUAACAUCAAGAGGCGCCUUGGCUGUCGACAUCGGUUGGGUCCUUGAGAAGAUGCUGGAAGUCAUUAGUACGCCGGACGUGCUGGAGUCGAUGAGCGAAACGAGCUCAGGGAUGGUGAACUUCGACAAACGACGCUCUCUGAAGACGUUGAUAUCUUCAAGCACAGGUGCCACAUCUCGCAAGCGUCGACAACGUCGCCACGUUGACAGACGUGACUUCGAGCGUCUGAACAACAUCGAACGGCAGAUGUCGUCCGCUCAUUUCGACAUCCGUGGAAUUCGGGAAGAGGCGCAUCGCGAAGCUACACAGUCGGGCCCAUUGGGAGCGAAGAAGAUCCAUCGACCAUUCCAGGCAUUGGUUGCACUUCAGCAAGAGAAGAAUAAACGAGAUCGCCAUCUUCGCGAUCGUCUCAGCAAGGAGAAACGGCACGAGCAACACCUGUACGAGCAGAAGGAAGAGUCUAUCAGCAGGGCUAUGCAGCCUCGACGACAGCCUGUGGUAUCGCAGAAACAACAUCGCAACAAGAAGAGCAUGUCGUCCGCAUUCUUCCAGUUCAUGCGGCCCAUCUCCAGUGCCUUCUCCUCCGACACUCUUUCGACGACUCUGACCAAGCGAACACCUGCUGAGCUUGACUUCACCCCGACGAAUAAACCAUCCCUGGUACUCAGUGUAGUCGACGCUCGGGUGGUGCAGUUCGUGAACAACGAACGAUCCUUCACUUUUCAGCUUGACACUGAAGACGGCGGCCAAUAUCUGCUGCAAGCAGUGGGCAGACCCGAGAUGAAGAAGUGGAUGGAUACCGUUCAGCACGUGUCGGCGAUAGCUGCCAAGCGUCGACUGACGUACCUUGGGCAGAACGCUAAAUUGCAGCUAUCUGACCAUCUCCUCAGCCAGCCUGUCGCACCGUCUAGAGACCCUCGGGCGUUCUUUGGCGUGGACCUCGAAGUCAUACUGAAACGGGAGUCCCCUGAGGGCGACAUUCAACUUGGGGCAAUACCGUCCAUCCUAGAACGGCUGAUAUCCGAGGUUGAAUCGCGUGGUCUCACAGAGGUUGGAAUUUAUCGUAUCGCUGGCUCGCACGCCGAGGUGAAUGCCUACAAAGACGCUCUCAACCGAGGCGAAUGGCCCAUCACUUCAUCGACUGAUAUUUAUGCUGUCUGUGACCUGAUCAAGUCAUGGUUCCGUGUUCUUCCCGGCGGACUCUUCUCUUCUGCCGCGUACGAAGACAUCCUAAGAACCGUCACUCUUGAUGGAGCAGACUUGGACACGAAGGUGUCGGGCAUCCGCCGAGUAGUCCAUGGGCUAUCCGACAUGCAUUUCGACCUCCUCAAGCGCAUCAUCGAGCAUCUCGACAAAGUGACAGACUUCGAGGAGAACAACCAGAUGACAGCAGAGUCUCUUGCCACUGUCUUUGGUCCCAACAUCCUCCGGUCGCCUACCGAUGACAUCGCGGGAUUUCUCGCCAACAUGGGCCCCUGUAACAGGGCAAUGAGAUUGCUCAUCUCUCAUUCUCACAGCAUCUUCGACGAUACCCUCGAGCAGGACGCGGAAGUGGAGUACGAGCGGGAGCAGGAGGACUUUGAGUUCGACGAGCCCAUUCCAGAGGAAGACGAGGAUGAAGAACUUCUAUGCGACCCCGACAUGGACGCAGACCCGGAGGGUCCAGAGACCCCGGAAGACGAAAAGGAUGUAACAGAAGUCGCCGUCACUGCAGGGCCGCCCGUACUCGACCUAGACCUAGGCAGCCCCCACUCACUCUCGUUCUCGAUGGCCUCGUGA